AUGAAUCCUCUCAUAGAGGAGGGGCACGAAAAGACUGUGCAUCCCUUCUUCCAAAAACCAUUAAGAACGUCAUCGACUGCGGGAAACAAUGUAACACCGCAAAAUAGAGCUCUAGACUCAUCCCAUAUGCCAAAUGGAGAACAGGCAGAUCUAUUGGAGGUUGACCCGAAUAAUAGUAGGAGGAAACGCCGAAAGACUGCUUCCCCAGAAGUUACAACAGAAUCAGAGGCAGAAAAGAUAUCCACAAUCACAAAGACCACUGCGCCGACAAAAACAGUGAAACCUUUACGAGCCUCGAAGCGUAAGCAAACUACCCUGACACCUGCAAAGUCAAAAAUUGUUGUCAUGCGCUAUGGCAGUGGACAGAGCCCAGCUUCUGAAGUUGGCAGCAAGAUUGAGAAUAUUCUCAACGGCAUCGAAAUAUUAAUACCGAAGACCGAGUCAAAUAUUGCGGACGUGAAAAAUACAAAAGAGAUAGUAUCGAGAAAGGGGAAUGGGGUAGAUGCUAUUCCAUGGUGGAAGACAGCAAAAAAGAAAUCGCCGACACAAGAAGAACCCCAGGAAUCCUCAAAGUCACAGCAAUCGGGUCAAGGAAAGAAAUCUCCUACAGGAAAAAGAUCUACUUCGGGCAGACCAGCUUCACCAUCGACAAUUGUAUCCAAUUUUGGCCGACCACAUUCAAGGGACGGAAGGCAAGCCCCACCAACGUUUAGAGGCUUUGGAACAGCUCCUAAAACCUCCAAAUUCCCCGACGCCAUUGAGCCAGCUUGGCCAUGGUCUGGAAUGGUGCAUGUACGUGGAGAAAGAGACGAGGAAUAUUCAAACGGCACCUCUACCAGCACAGUCCCUGGAGAAUCCAGCGACGUCAAGAAAGGGUCAAAAUAUCGAGCAGUUGAAAUCGUUGAAGAUGAAAAUAUUAUCAACACUUUUACAGCGAAAUUACGAAUUGAUGAGACAAUCAAUAGCAUCCAUGACCUUCAUAUUCAUGACUUUGCUCCAGUUUCUCCUUGCCUCCGAGUACCAUCGAAACACAUCGAAACAGGCCCAAGUCUCCAGUGUCGAGUACGAAAAGAACUUAUCUCAAAGCCUAGCAGACCAGUUGUGUGUGAGGAUUUGAGUGAUGACGAACUCCGAGAGCCAGAUAAAAGACGUUCAAAUACCCACCCUGCUCUCACAAAUAUUUACAACUCAAUUGCCACUUCGCUAUCGGCAUUUGACAAGGCUGAAUGCGAAAAUCUAUCUUGGACACAAAAGUAUGCACCAAAAAGUGCGGAUGAGAUCUUACAGACUGGACGCGAGGCCUUCAUAUUGAAAGAUUGGUUGCAAAAGUUGACGGUAAUGUCAGUAGAAUCAGGUUCUGCUGAAAGUAAGGCUACGAAGAGAUCUGCAUCGUCAAAAGCCGAACCAGCUGGAAAAAGGAAGCGAAAAUCGAAAAAGCUGGAUAAUUUUAUAGUAUCUGAUGGCGAAGAAGACAACGAGAUGGAUGAAAUAACGGAGCCGGAAGAGGGGGAUUUGCUAGGAGGUGCAGGUUUGGUCAAAAAAACAGUGAUGCGUUCUGGUGACUUGAAUGCGAAAGGCUCUAAAGAUUCCAAGCGCCUGGCCAAUGCAGUUGUUUUGAGCGGACCACACGGAUGUGGCAAGUCUGCCACGGUCUUUGCUGUUGCAAAGGAACUUGGAUUCGAAGUCUUCGAAAUCAAUCCAAAUUCCAAGAGGAGCGGUAAAGAGGUGAUGGAUAAAGUCGGAGAUAUGACCAGAAAUCAUCUAGUUCAAAGAUCCAAAGUUGAUAAGAUUCCGAGUGCGAAUGAGGACGAAGAGAAUUCAUUUGAUUCUGUGGCUGAAGAAGUGAAGAGCGGCCGUCAAGGUACCAUGAACUCAUUCUUCACUUCAAAAGCACCCAUCAAGCCAGAACCUAAAAGCAAGGGCACCAUGAACUCAUUUUUUACAUCCAAAGCACCAACGAAACCGAAAGGUCAGAAUGACAACGAAGAACAUCCAUCUAAUGAUAUGGCUGAAGAUCUAGAAAAUGGCCGCCCGGGCAUGCUGAAACCAUUCUUCACAUCCAAAGAACCGACAAAGAUGAGAUCUGAGAAUGCGGAUGCUGAGCAAACUGCAGCCAAAACAGACGUCAACAAGGAUAUAACCGCUCCGAAAGGGCCACCAAAGAAACAGCAACAAUCCUUAAUACUACUAGAAGAAGUUGAUGUUUUAUUUGAGGAGGAUAGAGGAUUUUGGCAAACGGUUUUGCUUCUGAUCGCCCAGAGCAAGCGACCAAUUAUUAUAACCUGUAAUGAUGAGGCUGCUGUACCAAUUCUUGCUCUAUCUCUACAUGCAAUUAUUCGCUUUACCACAGUGCCUACCGACCUCGCCGUUGAUUACAUGCUACUCGUAGCAGCCAAUGAAGGUCAUGCUAUCCGUCGUGACGCGGUGAAGGCUUUAUAUGAAAGUCGAGCGUCAGACCUACGUGGUUCAUUGACAGAGUUGGAGUUCUGGUGUCAAUUUGCAGUUGGAGAUCGUAAAGCUGGAAUGGAGUGGUUUUAUCCUCGCUUACCGUUGGGUUGCGAUCUAGAUGAGCAUGGUAAGAAGUAUCGCGUUGUUAGCGAAGAUACUUAUCACACUGGCAUGGGCUGGAUUUCUCAAGACACUCUCGAGAGCCAACGACCUUACAUCGAUAUCGAGGAAGCGACCUUGCAUGAAGCUUGGAAUGGUUGGGGCAUCGAUGUAGGCGACUGGCAACAAAAUCUAGACAUCAGUACUUGGGCGGACAAGAUCACGGAUUGCGCCAAUGAGCGGGCCACCAGACGAGCUGCUCUGGCAAUGUACGAUGACUUUGCCGAAGCUAUGAGUGCUACAGAUUGUUUCUCGCAUAAUAGCUUCGGUGUAGACUAUAAAGUUACCAUUGAUGCAAGUUACCCAAAAAUGUCUAGCAAAGCGAGAGAAGAUUACACUAUGGCAAAUCAAUUACUGGACGUGUCGCCGCAAAUUACUCUUGACGAGACAAGUAUCAACAUAUCAUUCUGGAUGAAAUCUCGAGCUAGAGAAGUUCUUCAAAUUCGUCAACAUGUUGAACAUGGAUGGGAAAUCCAUCGAGAGCUGGAUGGACCGACCGAGAAACAAGUUCAAGGUCUCAUUCGGUCUCAAUCACGUCCUUAUGGGAAUGCUAUUACUCGCCGCGAUUUGAGCUUGGCUUUUGAUCCUAUUUCAGAGUCCGAAAAGACAUAUGUUUGGAGUACCGGAAAUCUUGAAGCGUGUUGCUUUGAUCGAACUAUGAAUCUCAUUAUACUCGACGUUGCUCCAUACGUUAGAUCCAUAGUAUCCUACGAUGCACGUCUUCAGAAGGAUCGAGUACGCCUGAGCAAUCUACUCAGUCAAAAUGGAGGUAAUAUCGCACCGAAACCCAAGAGAAUGAGAACAACUCGAGCAGCUAUGUCGGCCCUUGAGGGCGGUACAAGAAGUACGACCAGGAAGGAAAAGUAUUUCAGUCAGGAUAUCAACCCAUAUUUUGUUCUCAGGACUGGAUCGCAGAGUUGGUUGGAUGCAGUUAUCUCUAUUACAGCAGCCACGGACGAUGGAAGUAGGAGAUCGAGUAUACAGAUGUCGGAGAGUAAUACAGGUACUGACAAUGGAAAAGAUGAACUUUUAGAUUAG